GGGCAGGGAGCGCUGCUGUGCAUCACUGCCGCGCUCAUCGGAGACAGACCCCAGAGGCAGCACUUGGCUUUCCUGUCAACGCCAAAACUCUGGCUGUAUCCACAUCCCUGGAGAGGCCAAGGAACUGAGGAGCCGUGGGACACCCACCAGGAGAUUCUCAAAGAUGUCUCGGAGCCAUCAGAGUUCCUGUGCUAUUUGAUCGCAUUCCAGUUCUUCCUGUACCUCAAUUGCUGUUGCUAUGGAGACUUCCAAUGGGACUGAGAGCUGGUACCAGAGCCUCCAUGCUGUGCUGAAGGCUCUGAAUGCCACCCUUCAGAGUCACUUGCUCUGCCGACCUGGGCCAGGGCCAGGACCUGGGCCAGACAACCAAACUGAAGAGCGUCAGGCUAGCCCUCCUGGCCGUGAUGACAACUCCUACAUGUAUAUUCUCUUUGUCAUGUUCCUAUUUGCUGUCACCGUGGGCAGUCUCAUCCUGGGAUAUACCCGUUCACGCAAAGUGGACAAACGUAGUGACCCCUACCAUGUGUACAUCAAGAACCGCGUGUCUAUGAUCUGAUGUGAGGUGCCUGAGGAUGAUGGAAGAUUACAAUGCCUGAGGAUUGUCUUCUUGGGCCUCUAGAAUUCAGCUCUGGACCCUAUCAAGCUUCAGUGUCUCUAUCUAUAUAAGAGCAACAAGAAACUGGUAAGAGAUGUUGUCACUGGGACCAGAGAGGAGGGGCUGGUAGGUCUGGCCUUGUGGAUAAUACACUUUUUUUCCAGACAAGAUAGGCAUGAUAAACCAGGAGCCCAUGAACAAAUAUAUAAAAGUAUGGACUACUAGCAAGUAGGAAAAGAGGAAGGCAAAGGGAAAUGGAGCAGAAGACGCUCUGGACACAUACUCUUUCAA